AUGCAGGGCCUUGGCAAACAGAACCACAGCUCUGUGUCCGAGUUCCUCCUCCUUGGCUUCUCCAGUGAAUCACAGAUCAGAAUGGCCCUGUUCACCUUCUUUCUCCUCCUCUAUCUCAUCACCCUUUUGGGCAACGGACUGAUCAUCACCCUGAUCUACCUGGAUUCACGCCUCCACACACCCAUGUACUUCUUUCUCAGUAUUCUCUCCUUGGUGGACGUGAGCUAUAUCACCACAACUGUGCCUCAGAUUUUGGUUAAUAUGACGCAUCCAAGGAGGACCAUCUCCUGGGGAGCUUGUGUAGCCCAGAUGUUCAUCUUCUUGGUCCUAGGCAUUGCUGAGUGUGUCCUCUAUGCCAUUAUGGCCCUUGACAGGUAUGUGGCCAUUUGUUUCCCCCUUCACUAUACCCUACUCAUGAGCCAUCCCAUUUGUAUCAAGAUGGUCAUAGUCUGUUGUUUCAUUAGCAUAGCUGGGGCUCUGAUCUACACUAUCUUCACCAUGCGUCUGCCUUAUUGUGGCCCCCAUGAGAUAAACCACUUCUUCUGUGAGGCCCCUGCUGUUCUGAAAUUAGCCUGUGCAGACACAUCCCUCAAUGACCAGGUGGACUUCAUCUUGGGUUUCAUCCUGCUUUUGGUCCCACUCUCCCUCAUCCUGGCCUCAUAUGUCUGCAUCUUUGCUUCCAUCUUAAGAAUCCGUUCAUCCCAGGGAAGGCUUAAGUCCUUCUCUACGUGUGCUUCUCACAUCACUGUGGUCACCAUGUUCUAUGGGCCAGCCAUGAUCAUGUACAUGAGGCCUGGCUCCUGGUAUGACCCAGAGAGGGACAAAAAGCUAGCACUGUUCUAUAACGUUGUCUCUGCCUUCCUCAACCCCAUCAUCUAUAGCCUCCGGAACAAGGAUGUAAAGGGGGCCUUUCUGAAAGUAUUUGGUGACAGAGGGACAGCUCAGUGA